UAUUUUCGUAGGUCUGAAGUAGUUCGCCCUAGACGGUAGCGAUUUUCUUCAGCCUAUCAAUUCUCGGAACAUCAUCGUUUAAGCGUGGAGAUAAGUGGUGUUAGCCAGAUCACUAACUAGUUGAAAGUGUGAAAGUGUUAUAUCUUCGGAUAAGAAGUAGCAAUGGCGUCGUACGCAUCGUGGAUGCAGCAACAACCGCUGCUGGGAGGAGCAAUUGCCGCCAAUCUGACUGUGGUGGACAAAGUUCCCCCGGAGAUGCUGCACAUGGUGGACGCCCACUGGUACCAAUUUCCCCCGAUGAACCCACUGUGGCAUGCCAUGCUGGGCUGGGCCAUUGCCAUGCUCUGCUUCAUCUCGAUCGUUGGCAACGGCAUGGUCAUGUACAUCUUCACCAAUACCAAGGCGCUCCGAACCCCCUCCAACUUGCUGGUCGUUAAUCUGGCCUUCUCGGACUUCCUGAUGAUGUUUACGAUGGGACCGCCAAUGGUGAUCAACUGCUAUUACGAGACCUGGGUUCUGGGACCUUUCGCUUGUGAACUGUACGGCAUGUUGGGAUCACUGUUUGGUUGCGUCUCGAUCUGGACCAUGACUCUGAUUGCCCUGGAUCGUUACAAUGUCAUUGUGAAGGGUCUCUCGGCCAAGCCGCUGUCCAACAAUGGAGCCCUGGUGCGCAUCUUGGGCGUUUGGUUCGCUACCCUGUGCUGGACUUUGGCCCCCUUCUUCGGCUGGAACCGUUACGUACCGGAAGGAAACAUGAGCGCUUGCGGAACUGACUACCUGACCACCACCUGGGAAAGCCGCUCCUACAUCCUGGUUUACUCGAUCUUCGUCUACUUCACCCCGCUCCUCACCAUUAUCUACUCGUACAUCUUCAUCAUCAAGGCUGUCGCUGCUCAUGAGAAGAACAUGCGUGAACAGGCCAAGAAGAUGAACGUUGCCUCGCUCCGAUCGGCGGAAGCCCAGAACACGAGCACCGAAAUGAAGCUGGCCAAGGUUGCCCUGGUCACCAUCUCGCUGUGGUUCAUGGCCUGGACUCCGUAUCUGAUCAUCAACUACACCGGCAUCUUCAAGGCAUCCCCCAUUAGCCCACUGGCCACCAUCUGGGGAUCGCUCUUCGCCAAGGCCAAUGCCGUCUACAACCCAAUCGUGUACGGUAUCAGCCAUCCCAAGUACCGUGCUGCGCUCCACAAGAAGUUCCCAUCACUGUCCUGCACCGAUGCCGCUUCUGAUGAUUCGCAGUCCACCGGAUCCGGAACCACCGCCGUCGUUAUGGAGGAGAAACCAUCCGCCUAAAGUACUCGGUGCCAAAGCAAAGACUCGCUAACCCUGGGAGAUCGUUCAUGAGGACAUUACACUCUAUUGGAAUUAUAUCGUUAGAAUAUUAAACGUAAUUGUGAGCAAUUUUUAAUCAAAACAAAAAUUUUCAAUGCUUAUGAUGACUUUUUACACAUCUUUCGGCUUAAACAUGUUGACCUAAUAUUGAAAAACUGUUCUAAAAAAUGAGAGCUACUUUUUUCCUAUCAGUAAAUGAUUCACAAUUUCUGCUUAUGCUUAUGCUUAUGCUUAUGAUACAUACACAGCCAGAUCUUGUCAGCAUCCCGGUGAGUAGUAAAAGUACAUUUACUACUCAUCUUAACUAGGCCGGGCCCACUGUGCAGUAUUGGACGCAGAGACAACUGGAACACAGGGAGGAAGAAACGUGGACAACAGUACCAUACGUUCCCAUGGCUACUUAUAACUAAGAUUUUAACGUUGGAAGCACAUAUGCUAAAUUUUCUGUGCUCCUUGAUGAUGGUCCGUGUGCAUUUGUCCUUCUUGGGAUGGAAAUGAUGUUUUUCUGCACAGAAAUCCAAAACCUCAUUGUACAA